GCGUGUGCGAGACCGCACGAGCUGAGGGCCGGAAGCAAAACCUGGAAGCAUUGUGCCACCAAAAGAAACCAAUCAACCGUACCUGUGAAAAUGCAACGCCCGAACUAGUAAGCCGAGCAAGCGUGUCGCUCAUGUGGUAGUGUGCACUCUAUUUGUUAAAAGGGGAGCAGUGUGGUAGGGUGGGAGGUACUUUCAGUUAGCCCCAAAGUGACCAUUGUCAUAAUCUCCCAUGGCCUAGUGGGCAGACCGUGUGCGUCUAUUAUUAGCAAUCAACAAUCGACGAUCUAAUACCCCCGUGUGAGUGCGUGUUUGUUUAAAAAGGAACAGACUAAAUAGAAAAAUAUAAUAUAAAACGCACUGCGACGAUGUUCGUACGCAAACAUCAUUAACACCACGACAUGGUGUAGGAAAAGCAAAUUCCAGUACUCAGUAAGCAAAACUAAACAAAAUCUAAAAACCCGUCCCAUAUCGUUAGCUUAGGAUAAGUGCAGCCAAACGUUUGAAAAUUGUGUACUAUAUACAAAAGAGAUCUUAUUCCGUCAACUCCAACAACACCUCCACAUCCAACCUACUCUCCCCAUCUGUCAAUCCGUCCGCCAUUGUGGCAACAAUGUUCUGGAUCCUGAGGCGUACCGGCGCAGUCAACUUGUUCAACUCCAUCAACGGCAACGGUAACGCAGCCAAAACGGGGUCCAACCACAGCAGCAACUCGGAAAGGAGUAACCCUCGUCCACCUCGCAAAGCCUACGGAAGGCUGAGCGGCGAGCCGGAUGACUCGCAGUCGCAUCAGCGGGCGCGGUACGAUGUGACUGGCUCGUCGGCCAGCCCGCCCUACACCGUUAAGCUGAUCGACUUCGAUGGGGCGGCAGGCUCGGAGACUACAGCACCCGGUUGCGCCUGUGGCGAGCUGCAGCAGCUUAACGGCAACAGUUUCUGCUGCACCGGCUACGCCUGUCCCGAGAGCAACAAUCACAACAACAACAACAACAACAACUACAGCAGCAACAUCCUCAACAACAAUCACGCAGGCAGCAAUCAAACACACGGCAGCAUGGCGCUCAAUAGUGUCGACGAUGAUGAUGACAACGAUGGUAACGACGGUGGUAGCGGCGCUGCAGAUAUCAACCGGAACCACUCGAACUACAACGACACCGACUCGGAGCUCGAGCUGGACGGCAAGAUCAAGGAGCAGCGGCUGGAGGAGCAAACCCUGGCCCGGCUGCAUGCGAUCGCCCUGUCCGACGACGACGACUACGAUGAGUCACUAACAUGCAACGUUUGCGAUCGAGCAUUCCGCUGCCGCCGUCAGCUGGCGUCCCAUCAGCAGAAGAAGCGUCACUUCGGUUGCAGUGGCUGCGAUAGCCUCUUCUCGUCGCUGAUGCUGCUGGAGCACCACAAGGAAGAGUUCGAGCACUGGAGCGAUUACGAAGACGACCGGCGACUACCGUGCUGCCGGCGUAACCGCCGGGACGAGGACGACUACACUGACACCGAGUCGGGCACCAGCGACGCGGAAAGUGAGGACCUCGAGCGGCUGCUGUAAGCGGCUUUCUGGCGAGGGGCGGUGCUGGUCAUCUCCUGACAAACCGGGACGAACUCUGUGACGCUUGUUAUGAGUUGAAGGGAGUUUAUGUUUAGCAAGGGGUUUUUCAUUGCCGCUGUACAUUGUUUGGAACUCGCUGUUUGUAGCCGCCAAAGUAGCAGAUGAAGAAGACAACUAAAAUAUUGGUGAUGUUAUAAUGAUUGUUGCCCUACCGCACUAUAUGUUAUACGCGUUGCUUAUCCACAGAGAUAUUAAUCCUUCCGUAGCUGUAUGUAAUGUAUCUUCCUUGCGUGGCAAGUGCAGCAAUGUUUUGAAUUCGACUGUCCUGGAGGUAUAGUAUGGGAAAAGCUUUCCCAACCCGUAGUUCCUCCUGACACGUCGGACGAGUUCCUUCUUUAGCAGCACAACUAUGUGCCACCAGACCAAACUGCGCCCUUGUUGUUCCCUUGUUGGUGUCUAAGGUGUCUAUAAAAACAAAACGGUAGCAAUUUUCCAAGCUUAUUUGUACUUCAUAAGAACCCUAAGAAAAGACAGACGACCGUUACAAAUGACGAAAGAACGUGUAAGCAACUAAUAUUGUGCGCAAAACAAUCCCAAAGCUACCAGAUAGGAACUAAACAAAAUAAAGUAAAUAUCAAAGCCAAAAACAUUGAGAUACAUUUAUAGACUAGCAACAGACUGUGUGAACACGGUCACACACGGCCCGGAAAGUAUAAUGCCAAACAUAUUUACUGCAAAACACACACACACACACACACACACACACACACACACACACACACACAUACACACAUACAAAUGCACACAGGCACAUCACGAUCUAAAAAAGGGUGCGAACGCAGCGUGAUGAGGAUAUCAAUGGUGAAAAAACCCAACAAACACAAAAAGUGAAACAAAACAUACCAAACAUUUUGUCCCAUGCAUACCCAAGGUUUACCUAGGCAUUCCGAUGGCAAAAACGACGUGGAACCAAAUUCUAUUAAAAUAUUCAUAUCAUUACAACAAGACCGCGGACAGCUGCAGGAUUUUGAAGGCAUGCAAGUGCAGAAAGAGGUGCACCGAAGGGGAAUGAUAUGGAAAACAGGUAGCUUUGAAAUGAAAAACAAUGAGAAGGAAAGCAACGCAACUAAAAAAAAACUAUAUCAUUCUUAUUAAAAAGAGCAAAACUGUAGUAGAAAUGCAACCAAAACAGGCGAUAUGAAUUUA